CAGGCAAGAGGCGGGACGCGAGCCCGGAGGGGCUUGGGAUUGCGGAAGUUUUGUGAGGAGGGUCUGGCGGCUCCGGGAGCGGCGUGUUGCUUUGGAACGGGUUCCGGAAGGGAAGCCGCCGGAGAGCCUCACCGGGCUGCGUGCGUUUGGGGCUACACCGGGCGUGGUUCGACGUCGCUGCUGUUGGUCCUCUGCCCUCGUUCCUCCCUAGGGCGCCGCCUCGGAUCUCCGCCAUGGCGUCCACCACGUCCAACCUCCAGAAAGCGAUAGAUCUUGCUAGCAAAGCAGCCCAGGAAGACAAGGCCGGGAACUAUGAGGAAGCCCUUCAGCUCUACCAGCAUGCUGUGCAGUAUUUUCUCCAUGUCGUUAAAUAUGAAGCCCAGGGGGAUAAGGCCAAGCAGAGUAUAAGGGUGAAGUGUACGGAGUAUCUUGAUCGCGCAGAAAAGCUGAAGGAGUACCUGAAAAAGAAAGAGAAGAGACCGCAGAAGCCAGUGAAGGAGGGACAGCCGAGUCCAGCUGAUGAGAAGGGGUGUGAAAUGUCUGGAUGGAUCAACUUAUUCCUGGGUUUUGGUUCAUUUUUGUCUGAAGCUUCAUCCAUCCUUUGGAACCUCCGAACUAAGAAUGACAGUGAUGGGGAAGGAGAAUCUGAUGAUCCUGAAAAAAAGAAACUGCAGAAUCAACUUCAAGGUGCCAUUGUCAUAGAGAGACCAAACGUGAAAUGGAGUGAUGUGGCUGGUCUUGAAGGAGCCAAAGAAGCACUUAAAGAGGCCGUGAUAUUGCCUAUUAAAUUCCCUCAUCUUUUUACAGGCAAGAGAACACCUUGGAGAGGAAUUCUAUUAUUUGGGCCACCUGGAACAGGAAAGUCCUAUUUAGCCAAAGCUGUAGCAACAGAAGCAAACAACUCAACAUUUUUUUCAAUAUCUUCCUCCGACCUUGUUUCUAAGUGGCUAGGUGAAAGCGAAAAGCUAGUUAAGAACUUAUUCCAACUUGCCAGAGAGAAUAAGCCUUCCAUUAUCUUCAUUGACGAAAUUGAUUCUCUGUGUGGUUCAAGAAGUGAAAAUGAGAGUGAAGCUGCACGAAGAAUCAAGACGGAGUUCCUGGUUCAAAUGCAAGGAGUUGGUGUGGACAAUGAUGGAAUUUUGGUUCUGGGAGCUACAAAUAUACCCUGGGUUCUGGAUUCUGCCAUUAGGCGAAGAUUUGAGAAACGAAUUUAUAUUCCUUUGCCUGAGGCCCAUGCCCGAGCCGCAAUGUUCAAACUGCACUUGGGGGCCACUCAGAACAGCCUGACAGAAACGGACUUCCGGGAGCUGGGGAAGAAAACCGACGGCUACUCGGGGGCAGACAUAAGCAUCAUUGUGCGCGAUGCACUCAUGCAGCCCGUUAGGAAAGUUCAAUCAGCCACUCAUUUUAAGAAGGUUCAAGGACCUUCACGAGCUGAUCCUAACAACUUAGUGGAUGAUCUACUAACGCCCUGUUCUCCUGGCGACCCCGGUGCCAUUGAAAUGACAUGGAUGGAUGUCCCUGGAGAUAAACUUUUGGAGCCAGUUGUUUGCAUGUCGGACAUGUUACGGUCACUAUCUAGCACAAAACCCACCGUCAAUGAACAUGACUUGUUGAAAUUAAAGAAGUUUACAGAAGAUUUUGGCCAAGAAGGCUAAACCAAAGACGACGAGGAAGAUGUUUACCACGUAUGGUCUUUCAUAGGUAUUUUUGCCUUUCUUGGAUGGCACUCAGAUUAUUUCCAGUAAAACUCUUUUACCACAGGGAAUCAGCAUUCCUUUAAGUUUUAUAUGUAUUUUUGCUCCAUUACCAAUUAAAUGCUCCUAUUAACAAAAAUUAUAAAACAGCGAAUUGAGGAUACGUGAUACGUGAAUGGCAAAAAAAUAGAAAUUAUCCAGUAAGCAGAGGAUUAAAAUUGAUUGAGAUACAAACAUUUAAAAUUGUUAUGAAUCGUGAGUGGUCUUCGUAAAGAGCAUUUAUCUUUUUUCUUUUACUAAAUGAAAUAGGGCUUAUUUCAUAUUUUGAAAAAUUUCUUAAGCAUCAUUCUUAUCAAUGUAAAUUUAUUUACUUUAUUAAAAAUAAAAAAUGAUAAAAUCUUAACUCUCAGGGAUGGGUAAUAGAACAGCAAAGAUUACUGUGAUUGGACUUAAAAGAUUUUGAAUUGUGUUCUAACCAAGGCUCUUAAUUGAUUUUUGAUAAGUUAACGUUUUCUUUUUGUAGAUUUAAAUAAUUUCUUUAAAAGUCAGCAAGCUUUUAUAUUUAACUAAAUAAUACCUUUCACUGUGCAAUCUCAAGAGAAAGAAUUUCUAAAUUAGACGUCUUUAUCUUGCAGGAGAAAAUUGUCAAUUUCGUUGUCUUUUUGUAGUAACAUUGACCAAAACUAGUAGUAAAUAAAUAUGUCCUUUUUAAAUAACUCUCCAGGAAUACUGUAAUGGGAACUUUUGCUAAAAGGAAUGACCUUCCUUUAGAUUAUAGGAAGUUUCUUGUGUGUGAUAUGGGUGUGUGUCUGUACAUAUAUAUAUACAUAUAUAUAUAUACUUUUUUUUUAAAAUGUAGGAUAGCAAGAUAUCUUGUCUUUUACCUUUUAAGUUCAGGGAACAAUUUGUCCUGACGAUACGUGUGUUACUGGUGUAAUGCUUCAUGAGCUUUAGAAAUGAGCUGUUGUCUCAUUAAGUAAUAAAUUACAAACAUCAUGUUAUUUUAAUACCUUCAAAUAAAAAAUCUAAGGAUAUGUUACACACUUAAGCAUCAACACUAAGUUGUGCCUUGUACAUUUGCAUUGGCUAUACAUGCAAAGAGUUAUUCAGUUAGCUAGAAUGAGGUAGAUUUCUUCAUUACUAUAAAGUUUUUUGCAGAUACUGUAGAAUGAAUUGCAUUUUAAAGUAUAUUUGCACAUUUACAUAUUAUGCUACAUGGUUGCCUUUGGGUUUUCUGUACAGAUUUUGUUGAUAUUAAAUGGAAAUCCUAGACCUGAAAAAUGCUGUUCUUAUGUGAAUUAAAUUGAUAUAACCUACUAUUGGCUA